AUGAUCUCUGCUUCACAAUAUUCCUUCUCUCCUUUACUUUACCUCAUUGCCAUUAUUCUCUACAAUCCGCAAUUAGCUUACUGCAAUUGCAACAACCCGCCGGUCAUCUUCAACUUCGGAGAUUCCAACUCUGACACCGGCGGUCUCGUUGCCGGCCUUGGUUUUCCGGUCAAGUUUCCUAAUGGCCGGGCCUUUUUCGGCCGGUCAGCCGGCCGCCUCUCAGAUGGACGCCUCAUCAUCGAUUUUCUAUGCCAGAGUCUGAACACGAGCUUCCUUAGACCAUAUCUCGACUCGUUAGGUUCAAACUUCGACUCGUUAGGUUCGAACUUCUCAAAUGGAGCCAACUUUGCUAUAGUAGGGUCGGCCACGCUGCCUAGGUAUGUCCCAUUUGCACUGAAUAUUCAGGUUAUGCAGUUCAAGCAUUUCAAGGAACGCUCAACCGAGCUUGCUGGCGCCACAGGUAUUGCCCGUUUGGUAGGACCAUUAAGUCCCGACAGGUUCCAAGAUGCUCUUUACAUGAUUGAUAUUGGACAAAACGACAUUGCUGAUUCCUUCGCUAAGGGCCUAUCCUAUGUGCAAGUGGUCAAAAGAAUUCCUUCAAUAUUAGCAGAAAUUGAGAAUGCUGUGAAGGAAAUAUACGAUGAAGGAGGCAGGAAAAUCUGGGUCCACAACACUGGGCCUUUGGGCUGUCUGCCCCAAAAACUAAGUUUGGUACACAAUAAUGGUUUGCAGGGCCUCGACUCAUACGGCUGUAUGAAAGGCUACAAUGAUGCAGCAAAGUUGUUCAACGAAGGCCUACGCCAUGCGUGUGAAGGUUUAAGAACCGAGAUGAAGGACGCAACCAUAGUGUAUGUGGAUGUGUAUGCCAUUAAGCUCGAUUUGAUUGCAAACUCCACCAACUAUGGUUUCUCGACUCCAUUGAUGGCGUGUUGUGGCUCGGGUGGACCGCCUUAUAACUAUGACAGGAAGGUUUCGUGCGGGUCCCCCGGUUAUCAAGUAUGUGAUCAAGCGGCUAAGUUUGUGAGCUGGGAUGGUGUUCACUACACCGAUGCAGCCAAUGGCCUAAUAGCCUCCAAGAUUCUUUCCGCAGAAUAUGCGACUCCACGGGUUACAUUCGACUUUUUCUGUCAAUGA